AUGGACCCCAGAUCUCCCAGGGAUCCUCUGCCCAUGCCACCUGAUGAUGCAUCAACACAGCCAAGUGUGAUACCUAGGGAAGAUCAGGAGACAACACCGACCAGCACUUAUGAAGACAUUGCUGAAAACAGUGUGGGGGAGCAUCAUGGAGAAGCUGAGUCAACCGAAGAUACCAGUCAGUACAUCAGUCCAGACUCCAGCCCAGGCUACCAUUACUACACCGGCAUGGACCAGGCUUACGUGGAUGCACAGCAAGACGGUCAGCCUCCUCAGGCACAAUGCGUGCUCAAACUGAGUCCCAUCCUGGGUUACGUGUUGGCCUUCUGCGCGGGCGUGGCUGCUGCUGCAGUAGUGGCCGUGAUCCUCAACGCUGCCAUUGCAGACCACCAGGGACUUCAACACCACCAGGGAACAAAUAUACUAUCCCCGGCUACAGAUCUAGACAUGGCUCCUGCAGACUCUCCUCUGGUAACCAUGGGAACCACAGUUACCAUGGCAACUAUCACAACACAUCCUGUCAAAACAGCUCUGAUGAUGUUGCCAGUAGCUACUACAGCUGAUGGUAUUCAUAUUAUUAUUCAGGAUAUUUAUUCCUUGGUAAAAAUCAGGCACAAACACAAAGUUUAA